AUGUCCACCACCGACGUGCUCCUCGCGGCCUCCAGUAGCGACGGCCACCACAUGAGCAUCGACGACGCGCUAGCGCGGCAUGCAGGGGAGUUCGGAUGGUGGCAGCUGCGGCACUUCGUGCUGGUGACGGCGGCGUGGACGCUGGAGGCGAUGCACAUCAUGGUCAUGGUCUUCGCGGACCGCGAGCCAGCCAUGUCGUGCCCCGCGGGGGACGGAAGGUGCGGCGACCGCUGCGCCGGCUCUGCGGCCGGGUGGGAGUGGGACCAGGGGAGCGGCUCCUCGACGGUGGCCGAGUGGGGUCUCGUCUGUGGCGAGCGGUACAAGGUCGGCCUCGUCCAUGCAGUCUUCUUCGUCGGCAGCAUGAUCGGUGCCGGUGUCUUUGGACACCUGUCAGACUCUUUUCUCGGUCGGAAGGGGUCCCUCCAGGUGGUGUGUUUCCUCAAUGCCGUUUUCGGCCUCCUCACAGCUCUCUCCCCAAACUAUUGGGUUUAUGCAUCCUUCCGCCUUCUCACUGGAUUUAGCGCCGGAAGUGUUUGCCUCUGCUCUUUCGUCCUUGCCACGGAGCCCAUCGGGCCUUCCUACCGUGGUGCCGCGGGCAUGUCCACUUGCUACUUCUUCUCUAGUGGCAUCGCGGCCCUGUCUGGCAUCGCCGCGCUAUGCCAGUCCUCUUGGCGCCUCCUUUAUGUUGUCACCUCACUUCCCUCUGUUGCAUUCAUGUUUUUCAUCCUUCCAUUCAUCUCUGAGUCCCCGCGUUGGUACCUUACCCACCGGCGUACCGAUGAUGCAAUGCGUGUCCUACGAGACAUUGCUUCCAGUAACCGCAGAAGCUUCCCAAACAACAUCACGCUAAAGCUCGACGAUGAGGACGAUAUCAAUAAGAAGGUUGAGCAGGCAUCAUCAUCGAUCCUAGAUGUGUUACAAUCGCGGACGACUCGUGUUAGGCUUGUGCUCUCGAUGUCGAUCAGCUUCCUUUGCUCAGUGGUGUACUACGGACUAAGCCUCAAUGUGGUCAACAUAAAAAUCAACAUGUACAUUGGUGUCGUUGUUAAUUCUCUCGCUGAGAUGCCCGCAUACCUACUCACUACCAUGCUCCUCCCGCACUUCGGAAGGAAGCCGCUCGGCAUUGGCACAAUGCUUCUCAGUGGAAUCUUUUGCACAAUUGCCAGCCUCAUUGCCGAUGUCAAUUCCAUGAGGGUGGUCAGGAUGGCAUGUGGGGUGGUGGGCAUCUUUGGGAUGUCAGGGACAUACAACCUGUUGCUAGUAUACACAUCCGAGUUGUUCCCUACGGUGGUGCGGACCGUAGCCAUGGGAUGCACGUCGCAAGCAUCGCAAAUGGGUGCCAUACUAGCACCCAUGGUGGUCUUGUUCGGGGAUCGGGUGCCGUUUGCGGUUUUUGGCAUGUUCGGUAUCAUCGGUGGGCUGCUGAUGUUCUGCCUCCCAGAGACUAUGGAUAAGCCAUUGUAUGACACCAUGUUUGGGCUGGAGAAAGGGGAGAAAGCGUCUAGGAGUGAAGAGGAAGUGUCAAAGGAAAUCUCCGACUGCUGA